AUGUCGGAUAACAAUGGAGUUGAUGGUUAUUAUAUAUUUGCAUCAAGUAUAGCAGCACUCGUUACAAGAACCAUUACACAUCCAAUGGAUACAAUCAAAAUUCGUUUACAAGCAUCAACUCUAAAUCAUAAUAACACUAAUAAAACAACACUAUUUGAAAACUUGAAAACAAUUAUAUUUCCAAUUCAAGUUGGAAACAAUGACAAGUUGAAUCAAUUACGGACCUUCACCUCACUCUAUCGAGGAUUACCCGUUGCUCUCCUAUUCUCUGUACCUGCCCUAUCAGUCUAUCUUUCUUGUUACGAAACGACAAAGCAAACAUUAUACAAUAAAUAUCAGAUCAAAAAAGAUGCUGCAGUCAAUCAUCUAGUUUCGGGUUGCAUUGCUGAAAUAUCAGCUGGUUUAUUUUUCACACCAAUGGAGGUAAUGAAAAAUCGCCUUCAGACAACAAACAAAGCAAAGCAAACCUCAUUCCUUUCACUCGCUACUCAUAUGUUGAAAUACGAAGGCAUAAGAGGAUUCUUUAGGGGAUAUUGGAUGAGUUUAGUUGUUUUUAUACCUCAUUCAGCAACUUAUUUCAUUACAUAUGAAAAAAUGAAACAAUGGAUGAUUCGUGAUGAAUCAUCAAGAGUCAGUCCAACACUAUAUAUGCUAUGCUCUAGUGUAGCAGGUAUUACAAGUUGUUUCAUAUCUACUCCAUUAGAUAUUAUUAAGACGAGAUGGCAGAUAUCGGCGGCAGAACAUGGAAAAGACUUUAGAGAGGGUCCAAUCUCGAUUGCAAAACAUUUAAUUCGAUAUGAAGGUCGAAAUGUAUUGAUAAGAUCGUUAUAUGCCAAUAUUGCUUGGGGAUUGCCUACAACAGCAAUUAGUAUGACGAUAUUUGAAGUUUUAAAAAGAAAUAGAUAUAAAUUUGAAUGA